GUUUACACUCCAAUCCAAGUCUCCAACGACUCGGAUAAAAAAAAAAACAAAAAAAAAAGGUCUCCAACGACCCCACGAGGACGCCUCCUUGUGUGGAGGAUGCGCCACCAGAAAUCCUCCUUCAUUUCUUUUCUUCAUCACCACCACUCUUCCUCCCAACCUAGCUCAAACCAGACCAACAAUGGCGUCUCAAAACCCUAACCGAACCCCCCUCUACCCAACCAUACCCCAAUCAAACCCAGAUACCCUAUCUCUAUCCUCCUCCUCCCCCUCUCUCUACCCCAAAAUCGACCCCUCCGACCUCGCCCCCUCAAACCUAUUCCCACAAAAUGACAAUGUUGCCCCCUCGGCCCCGCCGGAGUCCGUCGAAGAGGUCAUCCUCACCGUCCCCGGCUCCAUCCUCCACUUGAUCGACAAGCACUACAGCGUCCAGCUCGCGUGCGGCGAUCUCUCCGUGAUCCUUCUCCGCCAGGGCCAAAACGUCGUCGCCGUUCUCGCCAGAGUCGAUGACGAGAUCCAGUGGCCCUUGGCCAAGGACUUGGCCGCCGUCAAGCUCGACGAGUGUCAUUACUUCUUCUCCCUCCGCCCUCCCAAAGACACCGGAUCCGAUUCUGAUUCCAGCUCAGACUCCGACGACGAUGAUGAUAGGGAUAGUAAGUUGUUGAAUUACGGGCUGACUAUCGCGUCCAAGGGGCAGGAGAGCUUGAUAAGAGAAUUGGAUAAUGUUUUGGAGCAAUUUAGUAGCUUUUCGGUACAAAGAGUACAGGAGAAGGGGGAGAAGGGGGAGGUGUUGGAUGGGAGGGUGGCGAAGGAGGUUUCACCAGGGGAGUUGAUGGAGGAUGAGAGGAAGAAGGAGAUGAUGGAGGGGAGGUGUGCGGCAUACUGGACAACGUUGGCGCCAAAUGUGGAAGAUUAUGGUGGGAUGGCGGCGAAGAUGGUUGCGGCGGGGUCGGGGCAGCUUAUUAAAGGGAUUUUGUGGUGUGGGGAUGUGACUGUUGAUAGGUUGAGGUGGGGGAAUGAGGUUAUGAAGAAGAGGAUGAAACCAGGGUCGGCUUCAGAGAUUAGUCCUGAAACCUUGAAGAGAAUCAAAAGGGUUAAGAAGGUCUCAAAAUUAACAGAGAAGGUGGCAAUUGGGGUCCUGUCUGGGGUUGUGAAGGUUUCGGGGUUCUUCACGAGUUCGGUUGCUAACUCAAAAGUGGGCAAGAAGUUCUUUGGCCUCUUGCCAGGGGAAGUUGUUCUUGCUUCCCUCGACGGAUUUAGCAAGAUCUGCGAUGCUGUUGAAGUUGCUGGAAAGAGUGUGAUGUCAACCUCAUCCACUGUUACUACUGGACUUGUCUCUCACAGGUAUGGGGAAGAGGCAGCUAAGGCAACAAGUGAAGGACUUGAUGCUGCAGGGCACGCUGUUGGGACGGCAUGGGCUGUUUUCAAGAUUCGGAAGGCUCUCAACCCUAAAAGUGUUCUAAAGCCCACCACCUUAACCAAGUCCGCCGCCAAAACUCUGGCUGCUGAGAAGAAAAAGAAAUCCAAGAGUUCCAAGUAAUUAUAUGUGCAUUUGAACUUCUACGGUAUCCAUUUCCAUCAGAUUGUGAGCUCCGCUUGUCUUGUCUCCUUAACAUGUUAUUAAAAAUGCCCUUUUCCUGUUAGAUUCUGUAGAUAUCAUUCACUGUAGAAGAUGGCUCAAAAAAGCUGACUGUAGUUCUUGUUGUAGUCAUUUGUUGUAAGCUUAUCCGUUAUUCCGUGAGUCGUGACUCCUUCUGGCCAUCAUAUUGAGAUGGGACAUUGUCGAUCUUUUCCAUACUGUUCAGGAAACAAAAAAUGAACCUCCUCCUAUUCUUCCGUUCAA